AUGAAAUUCUAUAUUGACGACCUACCUGUUCUAUUCCCGUAUCCAAGAAUAUAUCCAGAGCAAUAUGCGUAUAUGUGUGAUAUCAAAAAGACCCUAGAUGUAGGUGGCAACUGUAUAUUGGAAAUGCCUUCAGGAACUGGGAAGACGGUAUCGUUACUUUCGCUUACAGUGGCGUAUCAAAUGCAUUAUCCAGAACAUAGGAAAAUCGUUUACUGUUCGCGUACCAUGUCUGAGAUUGAAAAGGCAUUGAUUGAAUUGCAUAAAUUGAUGGAGUUUAGGGCCAACGAGUUGGGAGAGGUUGAAGAUUUUCGCGGGUUAGGUUUGACAAGUAGAAAGAACCUUUGUCUUCACCCAACAAUUUCCAAAGAACGUAAGGGAGUGGUAGUUGAUGAAAAAUGUAGGAGAAUCACUAAUGGACAAUUGAAGGAGAAGAUUGAAAAAGGGGUAAUAACUGAAGAAGACCAAGUUCGUGACCCAGAAACUAAUAGUUUGUGCUCGUAUCAUGAAAAAUUGUACGAUUUAGAGCCUCAUAACUUGGUGCCACUGGGAGUUUAUUCAUUUGAUGCGUUGCUCAAAUAUUGUAAGGAAGAAGGAACGUGUCCAUACUUUACAGUAAGACGAAUGAUCCCCUUUUGUAACAUUAUAAUCUACUCGUAUCAUUAUUUGCUAGAUCCCAAAAUUGCUGAACGUGUUUCACGCGAAUUGUCCAAAGAUAGUAUUGUUAUAUUUGAUGAGGCGCACAAUAUUGAUAACGUUUGUAUUGAGUCGUUGUCGUUGGAUUUGACUGAUGAAACUUUAAAGAAAGCGUCGCGAGGAGCCAAUAAGUUGGGAGAGGCCAUUGAGGAUAUGAAGACGCAGGACAGUGAAAAGUUACAGAAUGAAUAUGAACAAUUGGUCGAAGGGUUGAGACAAGCCGAGAUCGCUAGAGACCAAGAAUUGUUUAUGGCCAAUCCGGUAUUGCCACAGGAUUUAUUAGAUGAAGCUAUUCCUGGGAAUAUUAGAAAAGGUGAGCAUUUUAUUGCAUUUUUGAAACGGUUUAUAGAGUAUUUGAAGACAAGGAUGAAGGUGUUGCAUGUUAUAAGUGAGACUCCCACAAGUUUCUUGCAGCAUUUAAAAGAGUUGACAUAUAUUGAGAGGAAACCAUUACGAUUUUGUUCGGAGAGGUUAUCGUUGUUGGUGAGAACAUUGGAAUUGACUGAGAUUGAGGAUUUUAAUGCUUUGAAAGAUAUUGCCACUUUUGCCACGUUAGUGUCGACUUAUGAUAGUGGGUUCCAGUUGAUAUUAGAGCCAUACGAGACUGAGGGAAGCACGGUUCCGAAUCCCAUAUUACAUUUCACGUGUCUAGAUGCAUCGAUCGCCAUCAAGCCCGUGUUUGAUAGGUUUUCGUCGGUUAUUAUCACUUCAGGAACUAUCUCACCAUUAGAUAUGUAUCCGAAAAUGUUGAAAUUUGAGACUGUCAUCCAAGAGUCGUAUGCAAUGACGUUGGCACGCAGAUCGUUUUUGCCAAUGAUUGUCACCAAGGGAUCUGACCAAGUGUCUAUAUCUUCAAGGUUUGAAAUCCGUAAUGACCCGUCGGUGGUGCGAAAUUAUGGGUCAUUGUUAAUUGAGUUUGCCAAAAUUACGCCUGAUGGUAUGGUGGUUUUCUUCCCCUCGUAUCUUUAUAUGGAGUCUAUUAUUUCCAUGUGGCAGAAUAUGGGGGUUUUGGAUGAAGUGUGGAAACAUAAAUUGAUUUUAGUUGAAACGCCUGAUGCACAGGAGACGUCAUUGGCAUUGGAAACAUACAGAAAGGCGUGUUCCAACGGAAGAGGGGCAGUGUUGUUGUCGGUUGCUCGUGGUAAAGUUUCAGAAGGGAUCGAUUUUGAUCACCACUAUGGAAGAACGGUCUUGAUGAUAGGUAUACCUUUUCAAUACACCGAGUCGAGGAUAUUAAAGGCAAGAUUAGAGUUUAUGAGAGAUCAUUUCCAAAUCAAAGAGAAUGACUUUUUAUCGUUCGAUGCCAUGAGACAUGCAGCGCAGUGUUUGGGAAGAGUUUUGCGAGGGAAAGACGACUAUGGUAUUAUGGUUUUAGCUGAUCGAAGAUUUGCAAGAAAGAAGAACCAGUUGCCGAAAUGGAUAGCACAGGCGUUGAAUGAUUCGGAUACGAAUUUGUCUACAGAUAUGGCACUUGCAACCGCCAAAAAAUUUUUACGAAGUUUGGCUCAACCAACCAACCCAAAAGACCUGGAAGGGGUGUCGAUAUGGAAUAUUGAUCAGUUGCAAGAGUAUCAGAAACAAUUUCAAAAAAUCGAAGAGGUGGAGGAGAAGGAGUUUAUGGAUAUUGAUGAGGAAGAUCUAGAUUUGUUGUAA